AUGGAUUGGUUGGCGCUUGGAGUCGGCUGUGCUGCAGAUGCCAGCGUCGCGGGCGAGACGCCCGCGGAGGCGCCGACGCACUCGCGGCGCAGGAAGUCGGCGACCUCCAGGCUCAGCGACGGGGGCGCCGUCGAGGAGCCGCCCAUGGCGCUGGCAGAGGCGAAGAAGCGCACCAAGACUUGGAGUUACGAGCAGAAAACGAAAGCCAUGCGCCGUGGUGCCAAGUGCACGGCCUGCAUGCAGUGCGACACCGACCAGGACCCCUGCAACCCGUCGGUCAGUAAAAUUUGGGGGCAGUACAAGUGGAACGAGGCAAAGACGUGUUUGGAGACCGAGGGCGCCACGUGCUACAUAUGCGCCCGCGCGCAACUGAGCCAGGACAACGACAUGCACGAAGAGUACAAAGCAUUCUACCACUGGCUGAUCGGAGAGCUCAUCAAGGUGUACGACAACAACGGGGACAGGGAUAUGCAGCACCGCCUCCCUUGGCCAACGCCGCGGCAGAUCAAGGAGAUGGAGAUAUACAAGAUCAAGUGGGUCUUGCCGCCGGAGGAGUUCGUCGAGCACGCCGAGUUCAUCAAGACGAACCCAGAGCCGCCGCAGGAGAGGAUCGUCAUCGGCCCUUGCGGGGCGAAGCUCGUGAAGGUGGCUCCCUCUAGCACCCGGUGGCAGCGGGUAAAGGAGAUCGCGAAGCAGGCAAGCCGCUCGAGGACCCACGUGGACGGGACCGACGAUAUUCAGAACAAGUUCAACCAGGACAUCAUGAAGGGCAUCAUCACCUCCGACAUUAUCCAGUCGGAGUUCGCGACGCCGCCGACGUCGGCCGGGGGGCAGGGCCCGUCUCCGGCGCAGCAGCCCCGUGUCGACGGAGCGCCUGCAGGCGCGGUGGAGAUCGUGGCGGUGCAGGAGAAGGAUUUUUCGCCACAGCCCUCGUCUAAGCGGGCUCAGGCGGCCAGCCGCCGCGCGGGCAACGCCGGCGCCCUUGGCGAUGGUGACGACGGGAAACCUGAGCCUCCCAAGAGGCCGCGCAGAGCCUCCCAGCCUGCCGCCGCCGUUGCUGAUGGUGCUGACGCUGGCGUGAAAAAGGUGGCCAAGCCGAAGUCGACCAAGAAGCGGGGCCGCCCGACGCGGGAUGGCGAGACGUUGUUGCGCAUGCAGUUGGCGGACUUGGCCAGCGCUGAGCAGGGCUCCAAGACCGCGGCGAAGUUCUUCGGGCCAGAAUGGAAGAACGUGCAGCGCAACAUUCAGAAUUAUUUGGAUGACGUCGACGAGGUCAUGGAGACCGAGGAGGACAUGGCCCGCCUGGCGGAGUUGAAGAUGAUCCAUCGGAAGGCCCUGGUUGCGAAGAAGGUCCUAUGCGAGGUGGCCAGCCAGGGGGUGAUGUCGCAGAAAGCGCUAGAGAAGUAUACGGUCCAAGUGGAGUGGUUGCAGUCUGGCGAGCAUCCGUGCUCGAACCCGUUCCCCAAGUUCAUGCGCGACGCCAUGCACAAGAUGCAGCUCGAAGGCGCGUCGCCGCCAGCGUUCUGGAAGGCGAUCUUGCAGGAGCUUCAGCAGUCUGGCAACGCCGACGGGUCCCUGUUGGAGUGCAUCGCGACGAAGGUGCUCUCCUUGGUCAUGCAGUCGACCGUGAAGGAGGCCGUCGUCGUGCUCGCGGCCUUCUCCGAGGCGUCUGGCGUUCGCCAGGAGCUCCCAGCUGCCAUCCGCACGGAGCUGGACUACUUGGACGUCGUCGUCGGAAUUGCAAGGGACGAGGUCACGUGGACGCCAGACUUGGCAGAUCGGCGGGAGAAGUUGGACGCCAUGAUGAAGCUGACCGCCUCGUCGCCAGUCUUGAAGUCGUUCAAGACGCACCAGAAUGGCAGGGACAUGCUCAAGCUUUGCGCGGCCGCCCUGGAGUCCACGGAGACGCUGGGGGCGCUGGAGGCCGCGUGCAAGCAAGCCUGCGAUUCUUUCACCGUGAGCUUUGACCCGCAGGAGCUCGAGGGCCUGAUGAAAAACGACGACCGCGCCAAGCGGAUUGUGAAGGCGACGUUGACGGAAGGGUCAGUUCGCGAGCUCUUCAAGUCUAGAGCCGAGCACUUCUUGGGCGCCAUCUUAGACGACUGGGCCAAGCCGAACACGUUGGAGAAUGCGAAGCUCCUCUCGGGUGCGUUCGAGUCGCUGGCGAUCUCGCAGGGCAUCCACAGCUUGCAUGGCGAGGUGAACCAGGCCUUCUUGGACCACUACGCCGCCAUGGGCGCGCUCCUGCAGGCGAGGGCCGACUUCUACGAGUCCGCUGACGGGUGCACCAGCGCGAGCAAGGGGCGGGGGAUCCUCGUGGCCUUCCAUGAGUUCGCUGGCUCCAGCCGGAAGAAGUGUUUGGACGACUUCGGAUUCGACCCCAUGACGCAACGCGCCUGCGCCAGCCUCGCACAGCUCCAGGUAGACCCGGGCUACGCCAAACUCAGGGAAGUUUGUUCGUCUGCUGCGAAGCCGAUGCUCGAUGAGAUCAAGCGUCUCUCCGCUGCCGCGUUGCACGACUCCACGAUGGUGUACCCGGUCAACACGCACAGGCUGAAUGACCACCUCAAGUACGACGUCGAGGCCGACAUGCCAAGCACCGUCGCCACUCUGAAGUCACUCCCAGGCAUGGAAGCCGCGCACAGGCAGCUGAUAUUCGUCGAUACCUGGGGCAAGUUGACGAAGUCAUUCGCGAAAUUGAAGCUGUCGGUGCUGAAUAAAGAUCGGAAGGACAGGGCCAUCAACCAGGAGCGCGUGUCCAUGGUUUUGGAGACGCGCGCGUACCUGAAGCUGGCGCGGGACGUGAUCGCGGACAUCGAGGCCACGUGGGGCGGCAUCGGGAAGCUCUUCGAGAGGCCCCCUGGGGUGCAGGGCAUGCUGACGAAGACGGUGAAGGUCAGAGUGAGUGGGUUACUGCAGCAUCGAAAGGAUAAGGACUUGAACACGUGCGCAACUCAACGCAGAGGGGACACACUGACCCCGGGCGUGGCGCUGCUCAAGUCUAAAUCUGUUCGACCUUGCUGUAUGGGACCUACUCGAAAGACCUGCUUGGACAUCGAGUUUGACGGCUCCAGCGCCGCCGAGUCGCCGAACACGUUGGGCAUGGAGGUGAAGUCGAUCAUUGAUGCCUGGGUCGGUGACACAGAGGAGCUGGCCGCCGUGAUCAAGGGCAUGGCGAUCGAUGGCAUCAUGUUGGCCAAGCCGGCCAUUCUGUCAAAGGAGCACCAGGCCACGCGCCAGGGGCUCCUCAACGACCCGAACUACAAGCCUCGGUCCAACGGAGUGGUCCUCCUGCAGAAGUGGCGGGCCAUGCUGCGCACGCUGUCGUUGGACGGCAACGGCCUGGCCUUUGAGAAGCAGGCAAUGCUGCUCAAGGAUUGGGAGGACGUCGUGGAUGCGGCCACGGAGGUGACGGACCUCACGUUUGCGUUGCACCACCUGGUCAGGAGGCUGCCCGGCAUCGCCAACGUGGUGCAGCGCAAGGCCGCGGCCAAGUCGUUCGCGAAGGACCUGGCUGCCACGAGGAAGGGUUUCACGCUCGGGGAUGACCUUGCCUCUGCGCUGGCCGACCUGUCCAAUGGCGAUUUCCCGACGGUGGAUGGGGAGGUGAUCUCGCCCAAGAAGGCGCCCGCCGCGGGCCAG